ACACUGCAAUACAUGAUAUCACUUGGUGAUCUUACCUUGUUCCAAAACUUCCAUCCAAAUCACUCAGAGCCCCUACCUGCUCAUUGAUGACCUGUACCUACAGAAAAAGAGAAAUAAGAAAUAAAAGUGUUAAUAAAUGUGUUGGUUAUUCAGAACCUCUUAGUAGCAGCACAGAACCACAGAAUAAGGAACAGCACAGUUUUAGUCAUUUAUCACCAGAGAAGCAAAUUACCUUUGUUUGAGCAGUUAUCAGUUAGAUUUGAAAAAUGAGUGCCUUCUUAUAUAUAUAAGAAUUCAUAUGGACACAAAUACACAGGUAUGGAGCAUAAAGAAACUAGAGAGGUCCCCAUACUUUCCCUAAGCCAAGACCUAACCCUGAUCAGGGAAUGAUAGCCGUUUUCACACAUGAGAGAGAGUCAGGAGCUGCAAUCAAAGAUUCAGAUUACAAAUACAAAGCAUUUCAGUGGAGAAGAUAAAUUGGAAAUGUGUGUGCUUAUCUAAAGCAAUGUGUGUGGAUCACAAGGAAGCACAAAAGUGAACACCGCAGUAACUCAAUACUUCCUUUUUUUAGGUAUUUGCCCUAAAUCAAAUUAUGAGAAAUAGGAACUUGGCAAACAGGAUGCAUGUAUAUGACUGGAGGCAAAGUUUAACCAUUAUGGGCUACAUCAGCUACGUUUAUUACCAGGGAUUAAUGAGUAACUCAUGGUACAAAAGGAGAGGGUGCGAUGGUCUGUUUCUGGAGAAUGGAACUGACUCUGAGGAGGAGACAUAUGAUUUUUUAGAACAAGCCUCUAACAGUGACUUGCUCACUUGCUAGAGAUUAUUUUUUUUACAGAUUAAAUCAGAUUUAGAGGAAACACACUGACUGGUCAUGGCCAGAAGUCCACCCAUCAUAAUGCUUUGGCUGUGGUUGCAGUCUUCUAUGUAUCUUCAGGGUUCAAACAUUCAUGGGAACCCCAGUCUGUGGGGAAAGAAGGCUGAGUUCCAGAUCAAGCCGUGCAUGUGGCAGCUGGACCCAGGGCUGUCUGUGCCAGAGCUGGAGGAGCUGAGCGUGUGCGUCUUGCUACGCCUCACAGUGAUAACCGAAUGGACCGCCUUCGCCUACAAAGCCCCCGGGAACCCGGCGGUCGAGCUGGGACUGGAAGGAGACGACCAACGCAUCACGGCGGUGCUGUUUGGAGCCCGAUGGCCCCUGAACGAAUCGCUGUCACCCAAAGUCUGGCAGUCUGUGUGUUUGACCUGGUCAGCCGCGAGCCGGCACCUUCGACUCUACGUCAACGGGACGAGGCGUCUGGACCAGGCCGUAGACCCCCCCGCGUCUGGGCGGCUGGCCCCCAACGGAACCCUGACCCUGGCCUGGCCUCACUCGGUGGACCAGAAUGGCACGGUGUGGCGGGAGGACGGGAAGACCCUCAUGGGGGGCAUCGGCCUGUUCAGGAUGUGGGCCAGAGAAUGGCGAGCCGAGGAGAUCAUGCUGCUGGGCUGCGUGGAGGGAGACGUGGUGAGCUGGGACGCCAGACACUGGAAUCACCGCUCACCCGCGAGCUGUCCUCCCAAAGAGGACACCAGCCUGCAUUGUGAGUGGUCGAGCUACGAAAUUAAAAUGUGGGCUUAUAUCAAACACUCCAACACAUCUGAUGCAACCAACAGCAGCCUGGAAUCAAUCACAAGGCACUGGAUGGAAAGCAUCUUCCCGCUGAACUUUUCUGUUCAGAACGUGUCAGUGCUCUCUCAAAGCCGGCGUUGUCUUGCAGGCGAUAACCCUGCUGCUCUAUACAUACAACUCCCUAAGAAAUCAAAAGAAUUUGGGAACUUCACCUUUGAUUACUGCUUCCUCUCUAAGGUGUUUGUGAGCAUUAGUCCCAAGAAGAGUGUUGAGUUGGUGCAGGCUGACAUGAGGAUGAAACUGGAGCCAGAGUUCUCCUAUGACUCCCUUACCCUGAGGACGGAUAUCCAUGAUCUUAGCAUUCAACCAGUCGCGCCGUUGUACACAAUGACAGAGCCACCACCUAUAGUCUCAGAAUCACCCAGACCAGCAACUGACACAACCUUCAGCUUCCCAACAAUGAGUACAAACUCCACCACAGAAGGGCCAAAGAGCUGUCCAGAAGAAACUCUAGAGUCCAAAUACGGGGUGUAUUUGUGGCCCGAGACGUUUCCAUUUGACAUACAAUUCAUGAACUGUCAGAGGCCUUUCUACGGGAUUGCCUUCCGGGUUUGUAAAUUCGAUAUCGACUCUGACAUGACCAGCUGGGAGGAUCCCGAUAUGACUUAUUGCAAGCCCCUCAGGAACAUAUCUGACCUGCACUACUGGAAUGUCACAGCUGAGAACGCGAUGGACAUGGUGCAGAUCAUUCAGCACCUGCUGUACUAUGAGCUGGUCUCAGGCAGCGGGAGCGACGGAGAGCUCAGCGCCUCAGACAUGGUGACCGUGAUGGGGAAGCUGGAUGAUGUCGUAGACGUCAGCGUGGUCACGGCCGAGCUCAGCAAUGACAUCUUCUCUAUGAUCUCAGAUAUUCUGAUCUCCAGGAGUGACAUGGCUCCAGUGUCUAACAUGGUGCUGAAACUCACAGAAAGAAUCGGGGACAAGGCAGUGUUUUCAGGGGAUUUAUUUAACGUGGCCUUCCCUGCAAUGGCUGUGUCCAUGAUCAACGUGAAGCCAAAGAACUUCAGAGGAAUCACCUUCUGUGUUACUAAUUAUGCUGAUGGUAUGAUCCCAGAGCUGAUGGUCAACGAGAGCUUUGCUGAACCAAUCCCAGGCACGGUUGCGUCUAUCGCCCUGCCAGCUGAGCUCAAAAAUCAACUCGCAGCGGACGGAAACAAAACCAGAUUUCAGUUCCAGUUCUAUGGAGUACAAGACCUCUUCAAUGACACAGACAUUGCCAUCGAAGCAGAGGGUAACUGGACUCUCAACAGCUAUGUCAUUUCGGCCAGCAUCAACAACAGAACAGUGAAAAACCUCAAUCAGAGUGUGGAGGUGACCCUCAGCAACAACAGAGCCAUGCAGGAACAUGAGAAGGUGAUGUGUGUCUCCUGGGACUUUGGUGAUAACGAGGGUCAAGGUCGUUGGAACAGCACGGGGUGUGAGACUCGGGCUAUAUCUGCUAUUAAGACAAGCUGUUCCUGCAAUCACCUCACAAACUUUGCUGUGCUUUUGGACAUAUCCAGGGCCCCCAUGAGUGAGAAAGACCCUACAAAUUCAACCCAGCAAUGUCCUUCCAGUCCUACAACAACCAAAGUGCCGCUCAACAACACUGUUGGCAUAAUGGUUUCGUUCUUUGGAGUAAACCUGACCUUGAAAUUGAAUGGCAACGCUACAAAUCCAACAACUGCUAUCGAGUGCUGGCUUUACGAGCGACUGGUGUUAAAUGGCAUGGACAUGGUGGACUUCUGGAUAUUUGGAAAUAGUAUCAGGAACAUGAAACAAUAUGGUGUACAACAGAUCUCCCACCGGCUAAACGAAGAAUAUAACUGCACCUUCCAUGUUCGGGGAAAUCUAUUGUCAACUGUCAAAGAACUGGAAACCCUCAUAGUAGGAACCCUGAAUCAAACGUUCAGUAACGAUACUCUUUCCAUUCAAACAACACAGCUGAUGGUACGGUACAUUGGGCCAAGCUGUCCAGAAGAAACUCUGAAGACCAUCUACGGGGUGUAUUUGUGGCCCGAGACGUUUCCUCAGAACAAGCGAGCCUUGAAAUGUCAGAGGGAUUUCAACAGGACAGCCUUCCGGGAUUGUAAAUUCGAUGUCGACUCUGACAUGACCAGCUGGGAGGUUCCCGAUAUGACUGAAUGCGAGCCCCUCACGAUCAUAUCUGACCUGAACGACUGGAAUGUCACAGCUGAGAACGCGAUGGACAUGGUGCAGACCAUUCAGGACCUGGUGGACGUUGAGCUGGGCUCAGGCAGCGGCGACGGAGAGCUCAGCGCCUCAGACAUGGUGACCGUGAUGGGGAAGCUGGAUGAUGUCGUAGACGUCAGCGUGGUCACGGCCGAGCUCAGCAAUGACAUCUUCUCUAUGAUCUCAGAUAUUCUGAACUCCAGGAGUGACAUGGCUCCAGUGUCUAACAUGGUGCUGAAACUCACAGAAAGAAUCGGGGACAAGGCAGUGUUUUCAGGGGAUUUAUUUAACGUGGCCUUCCCUGCAAUGGCUGUGUCCAUGAUCAACGUGAAGCCAAAGAACUUCAGAGGAAUCACCUUCUGCGUUACUAAUUAUGCUGAUGGUAUGACCCCAGAGCUCAUGGUCAACGAGAGCUUUGCUGAACCAAUCCCAGGCACGGUUGCGUCUAUCGCCCUGCCAGCUGAGCUCAAAAAUCAACUCGCAGCGGACGGAAACAAAACCAGAUUUCAGUUCCAGUUCUAUGGAGUACAAGACCUCUUCAAUGACACAGGCAUUGCCAUCAAAGCAGAGGGUAACUGGACUCUCAACAGCUAUGUCAUUUCGGCCAGCAUCAACAACAGAACAGUGAAAAACCUCAAUCAGAGUGUGGAGGUGACCCUCAGCAACAACAGAGCCAUGCAGGAACAUGAGAACGUGACGUGCGUCUUCUGGGACUUUGGUGAUAACGAGGGUCAAGGUCGUUGGAACAGCACGGGGUGUGAGACUCGGGCUAUAUCUGCUAUUAAGACAAGCUGUUCCUGCAAUCACCUCACAAGCUUUGCUGUGCUUUUGGACAUAUCAAGGGCCCCCAUGAGUGAGAAAGACCGUGAGAUUAUGACGCUGAUUUCGUAUCUGGGGUGUGGUAUAUCCUCCAUCUUCCUUGGCAUCACCCUUAUGACUUACUUGAUCUUUGGAAAACUGCGUCGGGAUCACCCGUCCAAGAUUCUGAUCAACCUAUCGGCCGCCCUGCUGGCCCUGAACCUGCUGUACCUGCUCAACACCUGGAUGUCCAGCUACGGCUACGGCCUGUGCAUCCUGACCGCCGUGCUCAUGCACUUCUUCCUGCUGGCGUCCUUCACCUGGAUGGGGCUGGAGGCACUGCACAUGUACUUUGCCCUCAUCAAGGUCUUCAACGCGUACGUGCGGUCCUACAUCCUCAAACUCUGCGUGGUGGGCUGGGGUGUUCCCCUGAUCAUAGUGGGAGUGGUGCUGGCCACUGAUGUAGACGCCUAUGGCAGCAGCAAUAUAACUUCAGCAGCAGAUGAAACAUCUGAACCAUUCUGCUGGAUCCAGAGCGACGUGCACUUCUACGUGACGGUGGCGGGCUUCAUCCUGCUCGUCGUGCUGGGGAACACCGGUGUGUUCGUGGUGGUGCUGAUCCAGAUCCGACGCAUGCGCACCAACAAGCCGCUGGGGAAGCCGGCCACGGGCGGCUCCGCGCAGGACCUGCGGGCCGCCGCCAGCCUCACCGUCCUCCUGGGCCUCACCUGGCUCUCGGCCUUCUUCGCCGUGGGGCCGGGCAGGACGGUGAUGCUCUACGUGUUCUGUAUCCUCAACAGUCUGCAGGGCUUCUUUAUCUUUGUGUUCCACUGUCUGACGAAGGAGAACGUGAGGAAACAGUGGAGAACACGUUUGACCUUUGACCGAUUCAACCCCAGUGACUCAGACUGGAGUCGCUCCACCAGUCGGCCCAAACAAGAGCCCAACUCGCACGCCAUGGGGUCGGUGGACACCUCGUCCAUCAUCAAGGCCUCAGAGUUUUCCAGCACCACGGAGUCCCUGCCCGUCCACCCCGGGAGAGAGGGAGCCGGACUCCUUCUACAGGUGGCUCAACCCGCCAGCACUCCCAACAACAUAAAGACCAACACCUCAGUGUCCUGGUCUAAUCAGUAGUGUGGCCUGAUGGCAAAGACCCGACAUGAGGGUCAUGGUAUCAAGAUGACUGAAGGGGGGCGAGAUCGAUAAUUUCAUGGAACACAAAGAGAAACUUUAACGUACCUACUUCAUCAAUGGCCAGGCAACGGCAGAAAUAAUGCUGAGGUCGAGGUUUUAAGUUAUUUGCUUUUAUAUGUACAUUAGUAAAAUCCUAUAAAGUAAACUGAGACGAUUUAAACAUCUGCUAUUUUGAGCGCUUAACUGCUUUUUUUAUGCCUAACAGAGGCAGUCAUCUAGUUUCACAGAUAUUUGGUUUAUUCAUUUUAAAGCUAUAUUUGUUAUUUUUCAAUGUAUAUAUUUGUCUUUACUGGAAAAAAUUAAAGUUUUCGAUCAUAUUAAUGUCUGAUCUGUAUAAAGGUUUUUCUCAAAUUUUGUGGGCCACGGCCACCACCCAAGCCUUCACAACAGAAGUUCAAAAUAAUUCCAGUGGAAAUGUGACACUACCUGAGCUGCACCCUCAAUAUAGCCUGUGUGGGCGGAGCCACAAUUUUUACAGAAAAGGGAAGCUGAGGUGCUAUGACAUCAUCAGGCUAUUUUACAUUAACUAUAUGUCCGUAGAUAAGAGAGAUAUACAACACUGGCAAUCUCACUGGGGUUUGGUGAUAAGUAUGCUGUGACUACAUCUAGUGGCAUAACUGUGUAGUGUAAAUCUGGAGGACAUUUAUAAAUCUACACAGACAUUAAUAUCUGUUUACAGAUGGCAAUUUAAAAUGAGUUGCAACAAAGGAAAACACUAUCAACUACAAUUAUUACAAAAAUAUUAUAUAUUUUUGGUUGCCUUGGCCAAAUAAGAGUAUUUCAGCUAAACAUAUAAAAACAAAUCCCCAAAAACCUAAAUCACUGGAAGAUGCUCAGUCUAUAACUAUAGAAAAUGGUAUUAUCAUGAGAUGCGCAGUCCUUUCUGUUAACCUGUGUUUACCUCAAUAUUGAUCGUAGUACUUGAUGCCUGGUGAGCAGCUUUUGUGACAGUGGGGAAUGUUGCCCCCAUCAAUCUUUGAAGCUGAUGGGAAGCAUGCGGUUCAUUAUUUUAAUUAGGUAAGUGCAUGCAGUAAUUGUCUUUGUUUGUACUGCAUUGUACUGUGUUAGUCAUGAAUAGCUUAUCGAUCCAGACAGUAAACAUGCAUAUGGGCUUCUUAGGGGUUUGUUUUUGUAAGAGCUAAACUCAAAAACAAAUGUGUGUCUUAAAAAUUGACAAACAGGAUGAAUCGGAUGAUUAUCCCAUUAAUAAUAACC